GCCACUGAGAGGUUAAUGUCCUCUUCCCAGCAUGCCAGGGGUGGAAGGUGCAAAAUGGCUGCGCCUGUGAGCUCGUGGGGCAAGUAAUGGGGCUGCUUGGGAAUGACCCCCUGCGGUCCCGAAAAACCCAGAAAAACAUCGUCUGGUAGGAUCGGGAAUUGCGGCUUGGGAGGGAAGACAUGGAUACUCCUGCAGACACCUGGGACAAUUUCCAUGCUCAUUUAACUUUCCUGUGGCUGAACCGAUUUUACCUCUAUUCAUGUGCAGCUUUUGGAAUCAGCCUUUGGUUUUGCUUCCAGUUCCUCAACAAAGUCAAAGAGCAGAACAAAAAUCGCCUUGCAGAAUUAAAUCUUCCUAAAAUCACAGCUGCUGAAAAAGAACAAGAUCCAAGCCUUGACAAAGUCCAUGUAGCCGGAGUGAAGGUAUUCUAUGGUUCCCAGACUGGAACAGCAAAGCGGUUUGCACUAGUACUUACUGAAGCUGUUGCCACCAUUAAUUUGCCAGCAGAAAUUAUUGAUAUGCAAGAUUAUGAUCCAGAUGACUCUCUCAUAGAUGAGAUAAGCAGCCAGAAUAUCUGCGUGUUCUUAGUUGCCACUUACACUGACGGCAAACCCACAGAGAAUGCUGCAUGGUUCUGCAAGUGGCUGGAAGAGGCGGCCAAUGACUUCAGAGUUGGCAAAGCAUAUCUGAAGGGCCUGCGAUACGCUGUCUUUGGUUUGGGAAAUUCAGUUUAUGCCGACCACUUCAACACUGUGAGCAGGAACAUUGACAAGUGGCUGUGGAUGCUGGGUGCUCAGCGCAUUCUGUCAUGUGCUAGAGGGGACAGCAAUGUGGUGAAGAGCCAGCAUGGAAGCAUUGAGGCUGAUUUUGAGGCUUGGAAGGCCAAGUUGCUCACGAGGGUUCAAGCUCUUGCCAAAGGGGACCAGAAGGCCUGUAGUGGGACAUGCAAAAAAGGGCGAUGUAGAUCCAAACCAAAAGUGAGAGAAGAAGCAAAAGAGCCAGAGACCUCGAAACAUGCGGAGAAAGAAGAGGAGGAUUUGUUUGAAACCACAAGUGAGGAGGAAUCUGAUAUAGAGAAUGGUAGAGGUGCAGAUCAGGUUGUGGAUGUUGAAGAUUUGGGCAAAAUGAUGGGCCACAUGAAGAAAUCUCAGAAAGAGCAUCAAACUGACGGAGAGAUUCCCAUUGGAGUUGGAACUCAACAUGGCAAAGGGGAGGAUGGGAGAAGAGAGAUGAUCACACCUGCUCUUCGAGAGGCACUCACAAAGCAAGGUUAUAGAUUAAUUGGGAGCCAUUCUGGAGUGAAGCUUUGCCGAUGGACAAAGUCAAUGCUUCGUGGAAGAGGAGGCUGUUACAAGCACACCUUUUAUGGCAUUGAAAGCCACCGCUGUAUGGAGACCACACCGAGUUUGGCUUGUGCUAAUAAAUGUGUCUUCUGUUGGAGACACCAUACAAAUCCUGUUGGCACAGAGUGGCGAUGGAAGAUGGACCAGCCAGAGAUGAUCUUGCAGGAAGCCAUUGAAAACCAUCAGAAUUUGAUCAAACAGUUCAAAGGAGUCCCCGGCGUGAGAAAUGAUCGUUUCAGAGAAGGGAUGGAAGCCAAGCAUUGUGCACUGUCUCUUGUUGGGGAGCCAAUCAUGUACCCACAGAUCAACCAGUUCCUAAAGCUGCUGCAUCAUCGCAACAUUUCAAGUUUUUUGGUUACAAAUGCACAGUUUCCAGAGGAAAUUAGGAACCUCCAGCCUGUCACACAGCUGUAUGUCAGUGUGGAUGCCAGCACCAAAGAUAGUCUGAAGAAGAUUGAUAGACCUCUCUUUAAAGACUUUUGGCAGCGGUUUCUAGAUAGCUUGCAAGCCUUAGCUGAAAAGCAACAGCGCACUGUAUACAGAUUAACACUGGUGAAAGCUUGGAAUGUGGAGGAGCUGAAAGCUUAUUCAGAUUUGGUGUCUCUUGGCAAGCCAGAUUUCAUAGAAAUUAAGGGUGUGACAUACUGUGGGGAAAGCUCAGCCAGCAGUCUCACCAUGGCCAAUGUCCCUUGGCAUGAAGAAGUGAAGCGUUUUGUGCAAGAUCUGGCUGACCUCCUCCCAGACUAUGAAAUUGCCAGCGAACACGAGCACUCCAACUGUCUCCUCAUUGCCCACAAAAAGUUCAAGAUUGAAGGGAAAUGGCAUACCUGGAUUGACUACGAUCGCUUUCAAGAAUUGGUCCAUGAAUAUGAACAGAGUGGAGGAAUUAAAACAUUCACUUCUUCUGACUAUGUAGCAUUGACUCCUCCUUGGGCAGUGUUUGGAGCUAAGGAAAGAGGUUUUGACCCAAUGGAUACAAGAUUUCAACGAAAAAACAAAAUAAAGGACAUCUCCGGAUGCUGACAACUUUAAAAUUGGACUAUUUUUGAGCCAGCUAGGAUAUAACCAGAAUUUUUGGUUUGUACACUAACAUCAAAAAGUGUUGCAUAAAAGUUGAGAUUUCCAUUUCUCUUGGGGCUAUCCAAAAUGUUUUUUUUCUUUCUUUCUUAUUCUACCCAAAGGAAAAUAGUAAAUUAUAUGCUUUUUAAAAGGCAGGUAGAUGCUAUUAAUUUAUUCUUCUCAAAUCUCUCAGUGAGAGAUACUGUAGUCCUUGACUUAUGAUCAUAACUGAACCAGGAAUUACAUCUGUCAUAACUUUGAACUGCCUCUAAGAAACUGAUUGAGAACUACCUGUAAUUUCAGUUUCCACCCAUAUGCAUCCUCCUUAUUUUUCCAUUUCUCAUUCUAAUCCAGGAGUGGACAGCUGUGCCCUUUCAGCGCUACAAUUUUUGCAGUCCUCACAGCACCCAGAAUGGGCAUGGCCCACAUUUUGUAAUCUGUUUUUGUCUAUUCACGUGGCAUGAUCAUCUGUGCCCCCUUCAAGCCACCCAAAAUAAAAAAAUGCACCCCAUUUUCCUAAUUAAGGGUUCCCUUGCGAUCAGCGAUAUAUCUUGAGUUAUAUCUGUGGACUCCAGACAUAAAACUAUUUUAUUUUUUUCCGUAAAUGUACCUGAAGAUUGUUAAGUCACGCAAAACUCGAAUGUGAAGGGAUUUUCCCGUUUCUUUGGAUAUCUGUUGCAACAGUCCUUAUGUGCUGUGCACCUGGCAUGAAUUGACCAUCUAAAAAUGUUUGAAAAGAGCUGUAGCCACUGUGGCCCAAUGGUGUGUGUGGGCAAUCUAUAUUAAAUUGAAAUACACCUCUCAUUUUGCUAGAAAUUUAGCUACAAUAAAUUAAAAACAAAAAGUAUCCUAUCUCUUGGUGUGUGAAUAUUUUUGCUCUCAUCUGUGAAUGCAGCAAUCUAGGAUUAAAACCUGUAUCUAUAUAUUUUUCAGUGUUUCUCAUGGAUCCAUUAAUGUGGUGUUAAAUACUGGAUUGCUUUGUUAAAAUUAUUAUUCUUUUCCUUAACAGUUUCUGCCCUAAUUAGUAUUUUUUAAAUUUAUAUAUACUUUGAUACCCGCUUUAAAAAAAGGUUUUAAAAUUUUGAAAGCAAACAAAAUAAAAAUCUAAAUUUCAUACCUAC